UUCACAAAUUGCCACCACCAACAAUGCAAUAUGGACAUAAAACGAGGGGCAAUAAGGUAAUGAAGCCAAUAUAUACCGAACUUUCUUCUUCUCUCUUUAACUCAAAAUAUAUCUUCACCUCUUCAACACUCCCAAUUCCCAAACAAAACCUCUGUUUCACUCUCUCCGUUCGUUAAUGGCAUCCGAGGAAGAAAUCCUCUCUGUUUUCGAUUGCUACUGGUUUGAGUUCAAAGUCUUCACUUCAAAACCUCCCAUUCCAACCCCUAAACCAAACCCAGUUCUUGAAAACAACGGAAACUCAAAGCUCUCUUCCGUUCCUACCCUCCACAGUAGAUCCCUCAGUGACCAUUGCUUGAGCUCUACAGACUUUCUCUCUCCAAAAUCAGUCCUGAACACUCCGAGGCUCCAGAAGAUACUUUCCGGCAAAGAUGUGAGAGAAUUCUCGGAACCCGUAUCGAAACAAGGAGCGAUCGAGGCGUCGAUCAAGAAAACAGGGGGUGAAAUCAAGAAAAGGAGAAGAAAACAGGGGAGAGUUGGUAGCAGCAGUAAGAGCUUACCAGAGCUUGAAUUCGAGGAGCUAAAAGGGUUUAUGGACUUGGGUUUUGUUUUCUCCAAAGAGGAUAAGGUAAAUUCGAGCUUGGUUUCGAUUAUUCCGGGGUUACAGAGACUGGGAAGAAAAGCCGGGAGCAGUUUCGAAGAAGAAGAUGAAGGGAAGGAAGUUGUUGAGGUUGAUGUUCCUAGGCCUUAUCUAUCUGAAGCAUGGGAUCAUGUUUUGAGUAUUGGGCAGAGGAAUAGCAAGGUGGAGAUUAUUAAUCCAGUGGUGGAUUGGAGAAUUCCAUCACUUGGCAAUGAAAUGGAAAUUAAAGAUCAGCUUAGGAUUUGGGCUCAAACUGUUGCAUCUACUGUCAGAUAAUGAACACCAAUCGGUAGAGUUUUUGAAUUUUUUUUUUCUUUUAUGUUUUGUACAGUGUUGUGAUGGAGAUUUCACACUUUUCGGUGAUGAUUUUUUUUGGGUAAAAAUUCAGUGGCUUUUCAUUUGAAAGUUUGUCUGUGAAUAAUGAUGAGGGAGAAAUUGAUAUGAAUUUGGUGGUCAA